AUGGCUCGUAUAGGAAAGUCGUCUAAAUUGAUAAUACAUUUAAUCUGCUUAAUCAUAUUAAGCUACAUGGUGAGCCAACGAUCUAUUAAAACUUUUAGAUCUAAAAAGGUUAUCAGAUUUCUGCCUGAUCUCAAGUACAUAUUGGUAUGGACCAGUUUCUAUGGAAUUGUAGAGGACGGUCAAGAAGCUUUUGUGAAACGAGAGUGUAGUUUUAAAAACUGUUAUAUUACACAUAAUAGAAAUCUAUUUAGCGAUUUAAGAUAUUUUGAUGUUAUCCUCUUUAAUGGACAAGAUCUAAGUGGGAAAGGUGGUGACUUACCAGUCACAAGAUCCGUUAUGCAGAAGUACAUUUUUGCUAUAAACGAUUCAGCAGAUAAUUAUCCAGUUUGUAACCCAGUUUAUGAUGAUUUCUUUAACUGGACUUGGACUUACAGAUUAGAAUCGACAAUCCCGUACAAAUUCAUCACGGUUAACAAUAAACAUGAUCAAGAAUUAGGCUCGAACAUAAAUUGGCGCCAGAAUAUGACUCCAAUUAAUAAUCAACUUCGAAUGCAACUGGAUACUAAAUUUAAAGCAGCCGCUAUAUUCUUAGACAAAUGUGAGAGCAGGAGUAAAAGAGAAUUAUUUUUAAAGAAGCUGCAGUAUCAUCUGUCCAAAUACAACCUUACUGUAGAUGUUUUUGGAGAAUGCGGUUCUAUGAGAUGCAAAAGGAAUACUAUGACUCCGUGUUAUUAUAGACUGAGGAAGAAUUACUUCUUUUAUUUAGCCUUAGAAGAUUCUAUAGCCAUAGAUUAUAUUACUAAAGAUAUUCUGAAUGCAUACAAGAAUAAUGCAGUGCCGAUUGUAUUUGGAGGGGCCUAUUAUGAACAAUUCCUCCCACCAAACUCUUACAUUAAUGGCUUAACUAUGGGUGAAGAAACACUAGCCAAGAUCAUGAAUGACAUCGUUAAAAACCGAGAGCGGUAUUACCAAUUCUUCAAAUGGAAGAAUCAUUACACAAUAACAGAAUCUCCAGUCCUCAACCUGUGCAGUCUUUGUGCCAGUUUAAACAAUCAUGUCUGGUUGACGCAUAGGAUGAGUUUCAGUAAGUUCAGAAAAUGGUGGAACCCUUCAUAUACCAACCGGUGUAGUACCUCUGGAGAAAUUUAA